UGUGAUCACUGAUCUGAAUAUUAGGCGCGAUCGUAGCUUGGACCUUCAACGUUAAUGUCUGAAAUAUCCAAAUCCGCCUUACUGUCGCUCGAGCAGGUGCUGAGGAAAAGCUUCCACAGUCUGGAGAGCAGCCAGAAAGAAUGGAGUGGAGUGUUAGCCGAGUGCGAUCCUCUCAUGGCUUCUCUGGGUAAUUUAGCAGAACAGUUACGAGCUCUGACCAGCGUCCAAAUGUCCAAAACUCCACUCAGUGUUUUUCCAGACCUGGAAGAACGGCUACGUUUCAAGCUGCUAGAGGCCACUAAUACAGUUGUGGAGAAACUCAAUGAGAAGCUGUCUUCUCUGCAGUCUGUCAGAGAUGCCAUCAGUAACCAGGUCUCUGGAGUCUUCCAGCUAUACGAACAGAACUCGGAUGGUCUGGAUUUGUCGACUGUAACAGAGCGCUCGGCUGCCACGCCGUCUGUCGCCGACAUGCUGGAGUGGCUGCAGGAUGCCGAUCGUCAUUAUCAGCAGCAAUUCUUGCAGAGGAAAAGCUUGCUGCGGAUGUUGAGAGCAGAUAAACUCUCUCUUCUGGAGUCUGCUCCUCAGAAAUGGAAGUCUUUGAAGAACCCCAGUGAAGAAGAAAAGAUCUCAGAUACACUUUGCAAAGUGUCCUUCUUUAUGGACUCCCAGUGAAGACGGCAAACGAAUCAAGUGGAACUCUAUAACCUGUGAAUCUUGAAGUGCGUCUGUCAAGAAGAUGGAACACAAGAAAACAAGUAAACAUGCAGGAGAUCCUCGGACUGAUUAAUUGUAUUUUGGCUUUUUUUCACUGGACAGACUGUGUCGAGAACUGCUAACAGACUGGAUGAGUCCAAGUUUACCAGACUGCAUUUAAUAAUUAGCAGAUAUUAUCACAUAUCUGCAGAGUUCUGUUUUUUUUUUCUUUCUUUCUUUCUUUCUUCCUUUUUUAAUGUCUGAAAUUUUGGUUCCCCAUCAUUCAGCAUCUCCAUCUCCCCUCUUCCAGUAUGGACCCAGAAUGUGUUUUUUUAAUGAGCUUCAUAUAGAUAUGGCACAACGUUUAUACCAAAUUUCCUUCCUGAUGCAACUCCAGAUCUACAAGGAAAAUAAGCUGACUAUAUGUAUUUUAUUUUACUAUUAUUAUUAUUAUUAUUAUUAUUGAAUGCCAAAAAUAGGGUAUUGUGAGGAUAAAUGCAGCUCGCACAAGGAAUAACAUACUUGCAAGACAACUAAUUGACCACUCACACAUCUUUUAUUUCAGUUUUAAUAUAUUACAAACAUUAUCAAGGUUUAAGUAAUAGAAAGGACUAAUUAAGAAAUCACUGCAAUCUUUUAAACACAUGCCAUUAUAACAAAUAGUAACACUCUUAUACUGUGUUUCUUGGAUGCUGAUUAAGAAAAAAAACUGGUGUGAACUCAAAAACCUUUGACCUGAUUUAGGCCAAACAUGGUGAAGUAACUGGGGGUCAGCCAGUGACAAAAUCAUUUGAUUUUGAUCAAUAUCAGUUCAAAUUCAUGGUCAUAGGCCAAGCUCAAAAUUUGGGCCCAGUGAAUAAAUAUGGGGAAAUGCAGCUUUCAAGACUUUAUACACAGUACAAUCUAUAAAAGAAUAGCAAUAACAACCUAUAACAACAAAAUAUAAAACAAAGCAUAAUGAAUUUAGAGCAAUCAUAAGAUCCUGGCCUAUUUAUUUAUUUGGUGGGGGAGCAUCAGUCAUGGGUACUAGAGCCCACUUUGUAAAAAUGUUAUGAACGCAGUAAUUUUUUUUUUUUUGUUUGCUUGUUUAUUUACAGCUCAGUUGUCCUGGCUUUGGGGUCAAAAGGUCAAUGUCACUGGAGCUUACUCUGUUUAUAUAUAUAUAUGUGUGUGUGUGAGAGAGAGAGAGAGAAUAUCUUUCCCAGUUACCUGAUUAUAACCAAAUUUGAUGUGUGUGUUUUAGGCAUUGUGACCUUAAGAAGUCUGUUGAUUUUAGGGACAAAGGUCAAAAUUGCUGAACUGUACUUUAUAAAAGCAGUCUACAGAAAAGC